AGUCGCAAUUCUCACUAUAACUGUCAACUCCAAAAAAAAAGCACCUGGAUUAGUACACAAAAAAACCCUAAAUAACCAAAAAUAUAUACACCAACACACUUAUCUAUACCCUGUUCAUUUUGUUUGUAUAGAGAGAUAUGGAUGCAUCGCCCAAGUACACAGGUGUAAGGAAGAGGAAGUGGGGAAAAUGGGUAGCCGAGAUCCGUCUCCCAAACAGCCGAGAAAGGAUCUGGCUCGGCUCCUUCGACUCCGCCGAGAAAGCGGCACGUGCUUUCGACGCGGCUCUUUACUGUCUCCGAGGCGCCGGAGCGCGUUUCAACUUUCCGGAUAAUCCGCCGGAUAUACCCGGUGGACGUUCCAUGACGCCGCAGGAGAUUCAGGUGGCAGCUAACCGUUUCGCCAAAGAAGAACUGUUACCACCCCAUCAACAACGACCAACGUCGCAACGUGGCGAUAAGUCAUCGGAGGAAGUAACAGAAAUUUCGGCACGUGAAGAAAUUAGUGGUGGGCCAACGUUAGGAGAAGUUGGUGAAUAUAAUAAUUACAACAACGAGAAUAAUAGCAAUGGUACUGAUACGUCGACGUAUUGGCCGUCUCUAUGGGAAGAGAAUUUUGGUAUGUCGGAAGAGUUUGAUACCUUCUACAUGGAGGAUUCGUCACAGCAACAAGAACAUGAGCUCUCAUCUGAUUUUUACUACGAUGGAGCUUAUGUUGUUGAAGAUGAUUUCUCUCAUUACAAUAUUAAUCUUUGGAAUUUCUGAGAUCCAUUUUUUAGUAGUGAUCUUGGACUGAAUAUUCCAUCAUUACUGAAGGUGAAUCAUUAAGCUACUAGUCUCUUAUUAGUUUCGUUUAGUAGCUAUUAUUCAUCUUCUUAUUCUUUUUAUUUUAUUUAUUACAAUUUAUAAAUAAAUUUGUUAUGUAUGUUUA